AUGCCGAUCUCUGCGUCUCAGUCAAAUCACCCUUUCAUUGCUUACCUGUCCAGCGCUGGACUGCUUGGACCACUCAAGUCCACCUUUGCGACAGCAGAACAACUGGAAGAGGUAGCCGACGCUGAGGAUCGCGAGUAUGCAGGGUUUGAAGAGAUCAAUCUUCUUGAAGGUCUGGCUUCAGGACCGACUUUUAGUUCGGAGUCAAACCCAUUGUAUCUGCCUUCCUCUCGUGUGACGGAAGGUGUACGACUCAAGCGGCUCUCUCAAGCUACCGUCUUUAGUCCUCCCCCUGCACCCUCACCAUCCUCGUCAAGGCGAACUACGCGUCCAAUCAUGCGGAAAUCUUUCCGUAAGGUGCUCCCAACGGUGUCUGGAUUCCGAGUCCGCCUGCGCACUGUGUUUGUCCCUUAUGUACUGCUUCCCGGGUACGAGGCGUCUCUUGAUGAACGGGAAGCCGGAAGCAACGAGAGAACUGUCGUCCUUUGUGUUGAAGUUGAGAACUCUGGGGAAUCUGGUCCCAAUGUCGGAUUCUCUGUUGAACGUGUCGACAUCAGCAUAGGAGGCGAAGAUGCCGCUACGCGACUCAUUGGAUGGGGGGAAGACGGGCUCAAAUCCGACGCCGAGAAACGUUUAUUCCCUUUAUCAGUAGCCUCUGGCGAGCAGUAUAACCUGCUCUAUGCUGUGUCAUUUCUCAGCUCGCCUCAAGAUAAUAGUGGUGCUCGCGCGUCGGUUUCGGGCUUUCCCAGCCAAUCGAAUCAAACGCACAGCACGGGAUUGCAGCGCGCAGUAACAAUAAACAUUUUAGGAAAGCCAUUUGAGAAACAGGAUCAAGAUGACUCAAGUCUACCCGCUCCUACUCAGACAUUUUCGUCAAAGUGGAACUGCGUGCUUGACCUCUCGGCAAACCAAUCCUCCAAAGAGGACUCCGUUGGGUUUUCAGAUCCCUUCGGAGGAACUCGUAAUGCCCUCCCAGAGCCAGCUUCACCUUUCCCAACUCAGUCAGCCUUUGGUAUGAGUCCACUUGGUACACCGCAAGGUCGCGCAGGUCUCGAGAUAAAGAGGCAUACAUUGCCUGGAUUCGCUGGGGCGUUGCGAGCGGGUGCAGGCAACAUCGCUACCAAUUUCAGGCUAUCCCUGCCCGGACAGGAUCGAUCGGCGUCCCCCAAUCCGCCCAGCAGACUGUCAUAUACCCCUCCAUCGGUCGCCAUGCAGGCGUACAGUCGCUCACCCCGAACGAGUUUCUCGGCUCCAAUUAACGCAGCCAGCGUCGACAAUGUAUCCACGUCUGAAACACUCGUUGCUCCACUGACGCCAGCCUACCCUGCAUUCAGUCCUCGAAUGUCGGCACCUCCUGUGCCUUUCUCUCACCCUCUCGGGGCUCAACAAAGCGUAUCUGGUCCCAGCGUUGAAAUUCGACGGGACCGUGGGUCAGCGUAUGGAGGGCCUGUGCCGCCAACCCCUGGACCAACGGUGGGGACUCACCCAGUAGCUGAUCCCAUGCAAAGCGCACAAGCAUCUACGGGUGAUCCCAUCAUCGUUUCUGUUGGCCUUCUUCCACUUGCCCCGAUAGAAACAGGGAAGUCGGAUUCAACUGUUAGGAUGAUAUUUCCUUCGGACACCUUUACUCUUGAUAUAUUCGUUCUCAACCGGAGUUCAUGGACGCGAAGGUUUGAAAUCAGCUAUCCUGAUAAUGCCCGGCAAAAACCUAUUCCCUAUACGGGAAGUAAAUUGGAAGGGCGCGCAGCUUUCGAAGAGCUCAGGGAUGCCAUUAAUCCGCCCGGCGUUCUCCCGUUGCAAAACAGAAUACGUAUUGGACCCUUGCGACCCUCAACCUCACAGUCAGUGCGAAUGGAUUUCACAGCACUAAGAUCAGGAGUGCACUCGAUAGAUAUUCUGACUUUAACCGAUAUUGAGAGUGGAUUCAGACGGAAUUUGCGAUCAGUUCUAGACGUCGUCGUGCAUGAACGCCAGGAGUCACAAUGA